UUUUACUUGUACGAACAGUGAACAAUCCUAGUGAAAAUUGUGUUAAAUUUCUGUACCAACUGUGGUUGCCAUCUGAAAACGUUUUCAGGAUAUUUUUUGUAACAACAGACCACGAAAUAGGCGAAUUUUAUUUACUCAAAAAAUAAAAUUGUGGAAGCAAAACAAAUUAUUGUAGAUCCCAGGCAUUAAACAUAAUGAAGCCCUUUAAACCGGACCAUUAAGAGCUCCCGUUUCCAAUUGCCCACCUUAGAGCCCGAAAUUUCGAGGCUCCUUGUCUGGCCUUCAGUUUGCUGUCAACUCUUUGCUUACUAGGAGUGACAGAUUGAGGUACCGGACACACAACAUAUUCUUUAGUAAUCUGCGUUUGCGUACGCACAUAUAUAGAUAUAUGUCGUUUGGAUCGUGAUUAGGCCGUAUCGGUAGCUAUGUCCACUGCAAUGGCAAUGGCAUCAGCGGCAUCCUCGAGUGCCGCGGCAGCAACAGCAACAACAACGGCCAUUAGCAACUCCACAAACACUACAGCGUCACCGGCAACAACCAACACCACGAAGACCAUAACGACAUCAGAGGUGCCACUGGAACCAGCUUCAAAUAUGGCUCCCAUAGCAUUAGAAAUCGAAGAUUCUGGAAGGAAUGAGGCCGAAGAUUUGGAGCACGGUGCUGCGAAACCACUCGAGCAGCGCAAAACGACAGUGGUGCACACCUGCCCCCGUCCACCGGGUGGCUACAAGUACUCCAUGGAGUUUCUCUACGGGAUCGGUAGUGGCAUGGCCGGCAUACCACUGAAUAUACCAACGCCCUCUUCGAUAACACAUCGCACCGUACGAUCCACGCCCCCCUUACUAAGCACCCACAUGCCUUUGCUGACCAACAUGGGCGUGUCACCACCACGUCCGUCAAGCAUUCGUUACGCAGGACCUGCUGGAGGCUCAAACGGUACCACGGCAGCAGCAUCCACGCCGCCAUCCACUACAGUUACAACAUCAAGUGGCUCUUCGGGAUCGGGAGCCGAGGCAAUAACAAGUUCAGUUUCAUCUAGUGGCUUGCCAGCAGCGGGCUUGCCAGCUGCUCAGUUCAUAUGCCAGGGAUAUAUGCCCACUGGACCGCAGCGUCGCUUGUGGCACGCAGAAAACGCUGUGUGGCAGUUUGAUAGAAAUUAUCCUUACAAUCAGGCGUACUCGCCGCCUUAUGGAAUACCGAUGAUGCCGGUGGGCUUUGAGCAUCCGUAUGGGCAGAGAAUAAUAUACCCGGGCUAUUACAACCAGACUCCUCCGGGAAUUAAUCCUGCUGCGGUGGCGGGACUGACAAGAACUAGUCGUCCGGUGACCCAACAGCCGCAUAUACUGACUCAGCCAGCCGUGGGAACAACGGAAAGUAGCGAGGAAGCUCCUGCGACACCUGGAAACGCUCCGCAGGUGAGCAACACGUGGCGUUACGGAAGACCAGGAACACACCGCGGACGACAUGCGGUGCCCGCUGCAGCAGCACCAGCUGUGUUGCACAGAGAUUCAAAGACUUUUUACAACAGCAUCGGCAGUGGUGUGGCUAACGGUCCUCGAUUUAAAGCACCCUUUGUGGCAAAUGUCCGUAAUUUUCAAGCAGGAGCUGUAUCAACUGUCGCAGCCGGAGGAGCCGCAACCACAGCAGUAGUGGCCACAAGUGCACCUGCAACUGGAGCAGCUAGCUCCAGCGAUCAGAACGUGGCAAACAAACGCAACCAUCAAGGAGCUGCGACCCAAAACCAUCACAGAAAUCGUCACAAUGCCAAAAAAGGAGGCAAGAAUUCGGUUGCAAAAGAGCUGACAUCCAACUCCUCAGAAUCGCUUUCCAAUUCAUCCUCAAAGUCCCAGCUGAACAAGCGUCCCAGCUCUAGCUCCUCUAUUUCCCCAAUCAAGCAUCCACAUCGCAAUUAUAGAAACCGGAUGCGUUAUACUGCAACGGAGCCAUCUGAGCAAAAGGCGGUCCCAACGACCGUUCCAGUAAGUAACUACCAGCCACCAACAGUUCGAAGAACUUCUAAGUUCCAAGGAUCAAAUGCCUAUCAAGCACAUACUGCUCCGGGUAGGCAACAGUCUCGUUACUACCAAUCGCGACACAUGGAUGGCUAUGUCUUUCAAUCUGGACACUAUAUGGUAUAUGCAGCGGGAGCACCGCCUGUGGGAUUAGGAGCAGGAAAAUCACCAGUGUCAGAAGCCACCGGGGCACCUCCUGGAGAAGCAGCAGCAGCACCAGCACCAGCAGAAGCAGCAGUACGUGGAGGAGCAGCAGCAGCUCCAGUCACAGCCAGCAGCGCCACUUUGGAGGGCGAGCAGCCGCUGGACUCGGACUUUGAUCAGCGCCAGGAAUUUGCUGACUUGGGUCUGGAUCCAGCUAAUGGCGGCUUCUCCUCCGACCUGGAGCCGACCGGUAUCAAGCAGGACACCUCGGAGCUGGACACUCGCUCGUGCCUGUUAUCGCAUCCAAAUUCCGAGGUCGAUGGCGAUGAUAAUCAAUCCGUCGCCAGUUUUGCUCCUGGUGUGGAGAGCGAUGAUUCCGAUAGUGGACUAAGCGAUGCCUCCGUGGAGUCGGUGGCGCGCGAUAUAUUGGUUAGUUGUCUAGCAGUGGCCACCGGGGCUCAGAAGCCCGAUCUUACAGGCCCCAAUCUCGUGCCAUACGGCGAUAUGCAUUUUCUCAAGGAGCUGGACAGAAAGAACCCCCAAACCAAUGGCUACAGAUCACACAGGCCAUAUCAUCAGUCGCAUUAUGCUUACCAUUCGCAAAUGAGUCCAAGAGGAUUGAGCUGCUGCGGCGAUAUGUUGAAUCAACACUCUGGAGAUUUGGUGUUUAAGUUAGACCAGAAUCAGCCGGAUGGCAUUGAAAGUGGGCAGAAGAUUUUCUUGAGGGAGAUAACCGAGCAUCCUGACAACAUCUCGAUGGCCUCAAAUCUCUCCUGCAGUCCAUCUGCUAGUUCCAGCCAGAGUGUAUUGGCUCCCAUGGCAUCCAAGUCCAACAUAGCAAUGCCAGAAGAAAACAAUGAUCAGGAUGAACUGCCCUUGGUGGUUCACAAUCGUUAUUGGCGCGAAUUCUUUGGUUACACGCCAGCCGAUCGCUUUUUACUCCGAGCCAAGUUUGUGGAAAUGAGACGUCCACCGAAAGUCAUGGGCUGCAAGAUCAAGUGGGACCCCUUAUCCCAGUCCGUUUGGAAGAAGUUCCUCGAGUCUCAGCAGACACGUCACGUUUAUAAGAUCAAGAUGCGACUGUGGCGUGCCAUUUACACAGUGGCCAUGAAAAACUAUCCAAGAUACGGGCUUUAUUUGGUGGGCUCAUCCAUUUCGUACUUUGGUUCCAAGUGCUCGGACAUGGAUAUUUGCAUGCUGGCAUGCACAAAUCCUAACGUUGAUCCUCGCACGGAGGCCGUCUAUCAUUUGCAUGUUAUGAAGGAGCUGCUGGGCCGCACGAAUAUGUUUCAGGAUUUUAAUUUGAUCGAAGCACGAGUGCCAAUACUGCGAUUCACCGACCGAUGCCAUAAAGUGGAGGUGGACAUAAACUUUAAUAACUCCGUUGGGAUUAGGAACACCCAUCUUCUGUACUGCUAUUCCCAGCUGGAUUGGCGAGUUCGUCCGAUGGCCUUGACCGUGAAGCAGUGGGCCCAGUAUCACAACAUCAACAAUGCCAAGAACAUGACCAUAUCGAGCUACUCGCUCAUGCUAAUGGUCAUUCAUUUCCUGCAGGUUGGAGCAAGUCCUCCGGUGCUUCCAUGUCUGCACAACUUAUAUCCGGAUAAGUUUGGUCUUCUGCAGCCCAACGAUUUCGGUUAUGUGGACAUGAACGAGGUGAUGGCUCCGUAUCAGUCGGAUAACAGCCAAUCCCUGGGUGAUUUGCUGUUGGGCUUCCUGCACUACUACAGUGUAUUUGAGUACGGAAAGUAUGCCAUCUCGAUACGUGUGGGUGGUGUCCUGCCCAUAGAGGUAUGCCGGGCUGCCACUGCACCCAAAAACGAUAUACACCAGUGGAUUGAGCUGUGCAUCGAAGAGCCAUUCGAUCAGACGAAUACAGCUCGGUCGGUGUAUGAUACGGAUACCUUCGCGCGCAUCAAAACCAUCUUUGUGGCCAGCUACAGGAGACUGGAAUCGACGAGGAAUCUCAGAGCCAUAUUCGAGGAGUACGAUGGACCCACAAUACUGAUGCAGCAGCCAUCGGUGGACUCGGAGGUCGAACUCUAUGAGGGUCAGCAAUACCGUUUGCUACCGAAUCGAAGCUCCUCGAGAUCCAACAGCGCAAUACCAUCGCCACGUCCGUCAAUACUAAUGGUGGACAAAGCCACUACAGUCAUUUGGGAUGAUAUCAACUACAAACCAGAUCCCCCAUUAAGCCAUAGCAACAACUAUGAUGCGACCAAUGAAUGUACUGGCAACGGCAGUCCGGUGGGACCCAAGGAUAACUCUGUGGCCGACAAGCCACCAAUUGCGUAAAAACUCUCAACUAAACCAAAAACACUCGGCACGUUCAAGACACACUGAAAAAGAAAUGAAAUAUUUUUAUAUACGCGCUAAUGAGGAUGUGGUUUUUUCAGUAGUUGCCGGACGCUUUUAAAACAAUUUAAAUUUGACGUUGGAUAAUUAUAUAAGUAUAGUAGGAUAAUAGCCGAUUUUGGAAUCACAACGUGAAAUGACCAUAAAAAUACGCCAAAUGCCUAUCUCAACACAAAGUCGGUCGCAAAAAAAACACAAAUAUCUGCUAAAAAGCAACAAACUGUUUCAAAUGUUUGCGUACCACAACGGCUAAAGUUGUUUUCACAAGCUUCAUAGCAAGACAAUUGCUGAAAAAAAAUAAGAAAGGAAAAAAAAAUCAAAGCGUGCAAAAAAAUAAUAAUAAAAAUGUAAAAAAAAUCACAAAAUUCAAAAAUCUAAAAAAAAAAUAUCAGUUUUGUACAGUGUAGGAAAGCUAACAUUUUAUUACUACACAACUCAUAGGAUUUGUACGGGAAUAGGUUUAUAUUAAAAACUAUAAAAAAAACAC